GGGGGUGGGAAAGAGAGGGGGGGUCUGUUGCCAUGGCAGCAGCCGGUCGCAGAGUAAAUGACGCGCACCGGGCUGCCCAAGCCGUCGCGGGGUGAUGACGGAAGGGCCAGCACUUUGAGCGGUUUGUUCGUCCGUUACCGGAGAGACGGGGGCGGGUGUCAGCCCGAGAGGGACCGACCGACCGAGUUGAGAGCAGAGGGAGGACAUAUUCCGGCGGGAGAUGACCCAGCAGGGAGCCACGCUGCAGUCCUACAACAACGAGUUGGUCAAAUGUAUUGAGGAUCUGUGUGCAAAGAGGGGACUGCUGACCCAACAGAUCAACCAGGAAGAAGAGGAGAAAAGCAAACUGCAGAACGAUAUCCGCAUUCUAACCGAGAAACUCGCCAAAGUCAAUGAGAGCUUGGCACGCAAAAUGGCUUCUCGAAAUGAAUUUGACAGAACCAUUGCAGAGACUGAGUCUGCUUACUUGAAGAUCCUGGAAAGCUCUCAGACUUUGCUGAAUGUACUCAAACUAGAAUCGGGACACCUGACGAAAGGAAAUGAGGUCCGAACAAACCUGCCUUCCUCACAGCAAUGAAAAUGCACGGGUAAUUCAGUUUCUAACACUGUACCACUGGUCAUUCAACUCUUUCAAAUAAACACCGUGAUAUCAGAAUCGAUGUACAAGA